GGUGCACGUGUCAGCAGUAUAGCGCCCUCAAGUGUCUGAGACGAGUUCAGUUGCUACAGCAACUAAGAAAGUAUCAUGGCGCCGCCCAUGGUUUUUGUUUUGAUGCCAGUUACUGCCGGUUGGAUUUCAUUGAUCCAUUGUUUUUAUAUGUAAUAUUUGGUAAGGUUACCACUGCGCCGAGAAGAGCUAGAAGGGAACUAAGAACAGUUUUCCUGCCGAAUUACAAGCGAAAACUCACCAAUCAAUCAUCAUCAAGACCUCCAAGGCAUCAGUUUCAUCCAUCCAGCCAUGGAGCAUCAGCUUCAAAAAUCUCUCUUCCCUGCCGAGCCACUGCCCCGCCCCAACAGUGAGGGCAGCCUCAAGACGAGGAGUCUACACAUCAUCGACGAUGAGGUUGCUAAGGAGAAAGAGAAGCAAGACCUUGACAACCGGGUAGAGCAGCUUCUCUUAAACCAGAUCAAAGACGGGGACACCAAUGCACUCUUCCAGCUUGGCCAGUUCUAUUUUGAGCAGGGGGCUUAUGAAGAGGCCGCAGUUUACUUUAAGAGGAGCGUUGACACGUGUAAAGACUACCAGGCAAUGUUUCAGCUGGGUAUCAUGUACUACGACGGCCUUGGAGUCAAAGAGGACCAUAAAACGGGUUUCGGCUACUUGAUGAAGAUUGCCAGCUCUGGAAGCAAAAGGGCCAAGCACCUUAUCCCCUUCGCCCGGUUCAACGUGGGCCGGGCCUACUUCGAAGGCUACGGGGUCAAACAGUCAGACAGCGAAGCCGAGAAGUGGUGGCUGCUGGCCGCCGACGACGGAAACCCUCGAGCCAGCAUCAAGGCGCAGACGGUCCUGGGAAUGUACUACUCGAGAGAAUGCAGUCUGGAUCUUAAGAAGGCUUUCUUCUGGCACUCAGAGGCAACUGGAAAUGGCAGCCUUGAAUCUCAGGGUGCUCUUGGCGUCAUGUACGAGACGGGACAGGGGUGUCAGAAGAACACAGACUCGGCCUUUGAGUGUCUUAAAGAAGGAUCGGAAAGGGGCAAUGUGUAUGCCAUGGGCAACUUGGUAUCCCACUACUACGCCAAGAAGCUCUACACCAAGGCGGCAGAGCUUGCUGCGAGAGUCUCACAGUUGGACAGUGUGGAAGAGUUGAGCAAGGAGACCGACUGUCUCCCAGCCUUUGUGGCCAAGGGAAUCGCCCUGGGCUGCUUCUACUACGCCCGCAGCCUUCACCUGGGCCACGGGGUCAAAAAGGAUAAGGACCUGGCCCAGAAAUACUACUCCAGGGCUUUCGAGUUCGAUGGGGCCAUCGCACAGCGCCUUCAAGACAGGGUCACGCAUGGAGAAAUUUAAUGGGUGUUUUCUUUUUAAAUAUUACAUGUACAUUGUAUAUUGCUGUGUUUAAUUUGUUUUUCUUAUUUAAUUCCUUUAAGUGGUCAACGAUCAUGACAAAAUGUUGGUUUUUGCUUUUGUGUUUAUUUGUGGCGUAGCAAAUGGGGGUGUUAGUACCGCCCCUAACUUCUGUGAGUCACGUUUAGAGCCUCGUUCAUCAAAAGAAUCGUGCCAACCUGGGUGUCACUAGAGGAGGGGUACGGGUGUCCCCCUGUAAUGAAGAAGUUAAGUCAGUUCUGCACGCAAUAAUUCAAGUUGGGAAACCUUGUUUAUUCUCGGCUAGGCACUGGAAAACACAGACAUGUUUACGUUAGUAUACCUAGUAGUGUGGACAUUCUUUUGUUUUCCUGUAGUUAGGAAAAACCUGUGAAAAAAACUCAUUUUACUCACACUGAGAAAACUCUUUCAACCCAAGUUUUUUUUCUAUGAUUCCCUUUAGUGUUUCUCUUUAUUUUGCCACAGAUAAGAUAAUCCUAAUCCAAAAAUUCCUCUAAACAUGUUUUCCAGAGAGGGGGAAUAUUGUGUGGACGAGGGCAAGUCUACGCAACUUCCCUUACAAUCCCCCCCCCCCCAACCCAAUCAGUUUUGUGGCCAUUGGUCAGAUUAUGUGCGUCUGCAAAAUAAUAUGCCUGAACAAUUAAAGCGCCAUCUGUUGCCCACUUCUGUCCAAGUUCUUCAACUGGUUUGCCUAGCGCUUUCAACAAUAAGAUAUCAAGCUCUUGAAAUCCCCCCGUUUGUUUUAAGCUGUAGACUGACUAGAAUUAUAUAAAGUAUAAUUUCAUUUUAAAAAAUAAGGAAAAUAGACGAUUUACCAUUACAAACAUAUAACCAAAUAAAUAGGUGGUGCAUUGUUCAAACAAUUGGCUUGACCUCUUAAGUGAAAUAAUCCUGACUAUGAAUUCAUCACUUGAGAAUUGAGAUUGUACGAAAGAAAAAGUGUAAAUAGGGGUUUGUGAAAUAUGCAUUAUGUAAAUUCGUCAUCUUUUUACGUUUAUACUAUGUAUAUGCUAAUUGUAAAACAAAAAUUUCAUGAAAAGUUUGUAUGUUUGUUAAAUAAAAACACAAUUUGCUUCUGCAUAUGUGUUCAGUAAAUACAAACAGAGCCGAAAAAAAGUCAUUAAAGAAUGUUUAAGUUGUGUAUUUUUAGCGAAAAA